UGUUUCCCUCCGGCAACCGGCAUAUCUAUUUAUCUAAUUCAUUUUUUUCUUUUUAUAAACAAACUGGAACUUUGCUAUCGCUUCUUUGGAUGAGCUAUGAACUCACGUGGGGGAGGGUUAUUGGGUUAUUCUAGAUUAUUAUAAAGACGUUGAGGAAUAAGACUAAUCGUUCUUUGUUUCCAGACUACUUUACUUAAAAAAUGGCAUCUUCAGGAACUGUAGCUGUCCUAGGCGGUGGCAUCAGUGGUUUAGCAGCAGCAUAUAAAUUGACACAAAUUCAUCCUGCUCCCAAGCGUAUUGUUCUCUUUGAAGCAGCAAGUCGUUUGGGAGGGUGGGUACACAGCAGCAGGAAUGAAGAUGGUGUAGUGUAUGAACAUGGUCCACGAACCGUGAGGCCUGUUGGAGAGUCAGGAAUGACAGUUUUAAACCUUGUUCAGGAACUUGGGCUUCAAGAACAAGUCAUGAAUGUUCAAUAUGGCCAUCCAUCCUCUCUUAAUCGUUACGUUUACGUUGAUUCGAAAUUAGUCCGAUUGCCUACCGAGUUAUCUUCUUUAUUCAAGACCGCCCCUCCCUUUCGCAAACCUCUGCUCGCAGCAGGCCUUCGUGACUUGUUUACUAGAAAAAGUUCCCAAAAAGACGAAUCCAUGUUUGACUUCGUUUCUCGUCGUUUGGGUCCUGAUAUAGCUGAAUUCGCUAUUGAUCCUCUGGUGCGUGGGGUUUGCGCUGGAGACUCCAAAGAGAUUAGCGUAAAUUUCUUGCUGAAAUCACUUAAAGAUGCUGAACAAAAACACGGCCGUAUAGUGGUUGGGAUGAUAGCAAAUGCAUUGCGCAAAACUCCACCUUCAACUCUUCCCAUUUCGGAUUUAGCAAAGAGAGCCAAGUCAGAACGAUGGCCGGUAUGGAGUUUGCAAGGUGGACUGCAAUCACUCCCGGAAACUCUAGCAGAGAAAGCCGCAAUGGCUGGAGUAGAGUUAUUCGUCGAAGCUCCUUGUACAGAUCUAGAAUUCCGAAAAGAUGGAAGCUUUGUGGUGAGAUGCGGUGAGGAAGAACUGCAUUCUUCCAGGGUGAUAAGUGCAUUGCCGGCAUUCAAACUUGCCGGAUUGGUAGAAAAGGCUCAUCCCAACUUAGCCCAGAUGCUGAAAUCUAUCAAUUAUGUAACAGUGGGACUAGUCAAUUUAGAAUGGACCGGUCGAAAGUUAAACAAAGAUGCUUUCGGUUUUCUCGUGCCAUCGACUCAAAAUUCACCGCUACUAGGUGUCGUCUUCGAUUCGUGCAGUUUCCCUCAAGGCGAUCGAACUAUCGUGACUGCGAUGAUGGGCGGGAAAUGGUUUAAAAGCUUAUUUGGCGAUGUUACCGAAGAGACAUUGCUGAAGGUUGCCCUUGGACAAAUGGAAUCAGUGCUGGGCAUCAGCGAUCCACCUGUCCGUUCACAAGUUCAUAUUCUACGGCAAUGCAUUCCUCAAUACGUUGUUGGCCAUUAUGAUCGAGUGAAGGAAAUUCGGCGAUAUGUUGACGACAACAGACUGGGCCUUGAUUUGACGGGCGCAUCUUUCGAUGGUGUCUCAGUUAAUGACUGUGUUCACAAUGCGUUUAAAGUGGUCGAAAAAUCGACUGCAAAGGUUUCUGUUUGAAAAUAUGUUAGUGCAAUGAACCCUGCAUGGCUCGAAGUAGAAGUUGGGGCUUGUCUUAUCAGAAAAAGGUUAUUGAUUAUCUCAAUAUUCAACGCUCAUAAAGUUUAGCGAAUGCUUUGUUAUUGGGGACAUUAAAAUACAACAAUGUAUUUGUAAA